AUGGAGGCACCGCGACUGAGCAAGAAUGAUUCGUCGGUGCUGGGAGCGUUGUUCGACCCUGAAUCCUCCUUGUCAAGUACCGUUCAGAUCGACAACUGUCUCUCCGAGGACUUCGACUCUUCGUCGAUGCGACAGAUCCAGGAACGCGAACGAAGCGUACUGCGACUGCUCGACCAAGAGAACCCAGCCGCACGGGACGUUCAGUCGGCGCUUUCCGAAUUGACCGCCAUCAUUGAAGAGGAACCGUCGUACGCUUCGGCCUUCAACAACAGAGCUCAAGUCCGGCGACUGUUGACCAAGGAUGCAGAUCUGCCCGGCAAUCCAGACCUUGUGGCCGACAUCUUCAAGGACCUCGCUCGUGCCAUCUCACUGGCCACACCAAACACGCUACGCGAUACCGUCAGUCGGAUGGACGCGAACGUGCUCGCGUCAGCCCACACGCACAGAGGCUACCUCCUCCUGAUGGCCAGCAAGUCCGAGAGAAACCGGGGGAUGUUGGGCGCCAUCCCCAGCCUCAAGGACGAGACGACGGACUCUCUCGAGGAAGCAGCGAGUCGGGAACUUGGGACAGGGGGACGGUACGGGAACGAAACUGCCCGGCAGCUCGCAGUGAAGACGAACCCGUAUGCAAAGCUGUGCGGUUCGAUAGUGAGGGAAGCAUUGAUGAAGGAGGUUUCAGAUUACUAUAAGCCACACAUCUCCAUUGCACGGUGA